AGGUUGAUGAAUACCAGGUAAAGAACGAUGGAUAAGUAAGUAGGCUUGUUGUUUUUUUGGAUAGUACCCACCAGGUCUGAUUGUUGCUUCGGUAUUAACAGAACUCUCAACUACGACCAGGUUGCGGUUCUCGUCGGCGCCAUGAUAUGAAAUUAGUAAAGUGAAAUAUGUGGAGAUAGAGUCAGAGAUUACUUCGCCGUCGAAUGUAUGGUGCAUGAUCAUGGUCCCAUGAACACUUGAUGUUUGAGAGAGUUUAAAUUGUUCUCGUAGUACAAGACCGACGACGAUCUGCAAUCCCGAAACCCCAUGGGUAAUGGCCUUUCAUCCGGUUCCAAGGGCGGCGGCGGCGGUGCUGGCGUGAACGUGAACCGGACCACUUUGGACGCAGCCAUUGACGUAUGCAUUGCAAAAGUAUCCCUUCAGUCUGAAUUGCAUUACAAAUUUGCUCAGCGCGAGCGCUAGAAUUUGUCAUGCUGUUUUGCCUUAAGAACAAUACAUAACUGCAAGUAGUACGUGUACGAUACUUUUGCACUCGAUAUGACGCGGAAUUUGUGCCGACGCGGGUGGAGGUGGGCCGGUGCGCCAGCGAGCUCAAGUCGCAAUGGUGGACCUCCAAUCCGCCACUGUCGCAGUCACUCAAGGCCUACGGCAAGCCGUACGGGCGGCUGUUCGCGAAGACCUGCGGGCAGUACCGGCAGGACUUUCGGCGGUGCAUGGAGAAGAACAAAUUCGACCUCUUCAACCUCGCGCAGUGGUACCCGGUCUGCGGCGAGUUCUCCGAGCUGGAAAACGCCUGCGGCAGCCAGCUGAUCCGCGAAAUUGACCGUAAGUGCCUGACGCAGCUGAACCGGGCCGCGAAAAAACUCCCCGACAACUUGAGCGACGACGACUACAAGGAGGUGGGGCGGUGCGUGCAGUCCCUGUUGGGCAGCGUUUCGUUUGGCCCUAUGAAUUGCAAAAGUAUCGUACUCGUAUAUAAAAAUGCAUUACAAAUUUCCUCAGCAUGAGAAAUAAAAUUUGUAAUGCCGAUUUGCCUUGGGAGCAAGAUUUGUAAUGCAUGACUUGCAUUUAUACGAGUACGAUACUUUUGCACAGGAUAGGCCCCGCGGAGCAGCAAGCGGCGAAAACCACGUUUGAAGCCAAGAAAGCGCUAUCCUGUGCAAAAGUGUCUGGGUCUGGAAGGUUGGAACUUGUGAUGCUGCAUUUGGAUUCUGAAAAAAUCUGUAUUUUUGCAUGAGCAGCAAAGAGAGUCCAAGCUUUGCUACACGGAAAGAGCAUUUGUCAUGCGGUAUAGGCAUCAGAAAGCCCUCACAAAAUCUCUGAUGCUAGGGCAUGCAUCACAGACAUCAGGAGUCAUGCAAAAUGUGCAUGACAUCCAGACCCAGACAUUUUUACAUUUGAUAAGCGCCCUUCACCUACAACUUCGCCGCCGGUGGGAUGUCGGGGCCCAGUGGGAUGAACUCCGGGUCAGCCAGGUAGCGAGGACCUUCCAGGUAGCGGGGAAGAGGAAGUGAUGAAAACUCGUCCGCACGAAGUGGGAAACAGGUGAUGUGAUGAGAAGUGCUGACGAGUGGAUUUAAGCAUAGAAGAACGCUGGAGGCAUUGAUUUUUGCCGAGGGAGCAGUUCUGGCACCGCCGGUAUUUGUAUCUAUUGGUAUCGCUCUACUCGUCUGGUUCAUCAGCAAGGACAUUUAUUUCACACCAUUGUUGCGUCGUGUCUUCGCUGCGCUUGUUCGCUACAGGUGGGCCAAAGACUUUUAUUCAAGAAGCUGCGCACCCAUCGAGCUUUUGUAGUUACUUACCAACAGCCUCCGCGGCAUGAGGAAUCAAUUUGAGAAU